CAGAGAGGAUAUGGACGUUGAAAGAAUCGAGGAUUACGGUACCAGAAAAAGGGAUAUGCUUGCACGCAACCCUAUUAUAGAUAUACACUUUUACACCAAUACGUCGUCGUAUAUACCACCCACCCCUUAACCACCGACCUGUUAUAAAACCCCAUCAAUUUAACUUCAACUCAACUCCCAAAUUUUGUUAACAAAGGAGGGUUUUUGCAGCGAAAAUGGGCGGCAAAACAACGAUCUCAGUUGGGUCCGAUGGGGUGGCUAUCAUCACCAUCAUUAAUCCACCUGUUAACUCACUUUCUGUUGAUGUACUUCUCAGCUUAAAAGAAAGUUUUGAUGAAGCACUACAAAGGGAUGAUGUGAAGGCAAUUGUUGUUACAGGUGCAAAAGGCAAAUUUUCUGGUGGUUUUGAUAUCAAUGCAUUUGGUGGAAUCCAAGGUGGAAAAGCAAUGACAACUGGACUGGCAUCAAAACCUGGCUACGUAUCAAUUGAUAUUCUGUCUGAUACCGUGGAAGCUGCAAGAAAACCGUCUGUUGCUGCUAUUGACGGGCUUGCUUUAGGUGGAGGAUUGGAGGUUGCAAUGGCUUGCCAUGCUAGAAUAGCUACUUCUUCCGCUCAAUUAGGCUUGCCUGAACUGCAGCUCGGUAUCAUUCCUGGAUUUGGAGGAACUCAACGGCUUCCACGACUUGUGGGUCUUGCAAAGGCCCUUGAAAUGAUGCUGACAUCAAAGCCACUCCGGGGAGAAGAAGCUCAUAAUUUAGGCCUUGUGGACGCAAUCGUACCAGGGGAUGAGUUAGUAGACAUUGCGCGUAAAUGGGCCUUAGAUAUACUGGCCCGUAGAAAACCAUGGGUUCCAAGUCUUUACAAAACCGAUAAAAUAGAGCCACUUGGCGAGGCCCGUGAAAUACUUAACUUUGCUAGAGCUCAAGCCCGUAAACAAGCACCCAAUCUACAACAUCCACAAGUUUGCAUCGAUGUUAUUGAAGAAGGCAUUGUCUCAGGCCCACGUGCCGGAUUAAUUAAGGAAUAUGAAUCAUUUCAAGUUCUGUUAAAGUCGGAUACUUGCAAAAGCUUGAUUCAUGUCUUCUUUGCCCAACGUGGUACUACAAAGGUACCCGGGGUCACUGAUCUCGGUUUGAAACCGAGACAAAUAAGAAAGGUUGCUAUUCUUGGAGGAGGUCUGAUGGGGUCCGGAAUAGCAACGGCUUUAAUUCUAAAUGGGUAUCAAGUUAUCUUGAAAGAAGUCAAUCAAAAGUUCCUAGAUGCUGGAUUAGGCAGAGUCAAAGCUAAUUUGACAAGCAGUGUCAAGAAAGGUAAGUUGACUCAAGAAAAGUUUGAGAAAACUAUCACUCGUCUUAAGGGCGCUCUCGACUAUGAAAGCUUUAAGGAUGUGGAUAUGGUGAUAGAGGCUGUUAUUGAGAAUGUCUCGUUGAAACAACAAAUAUUUUCCGAUUUGGAAAAAUACUGCUCGCCAAAUUGUAUACUUGCAAGUAACACCUCAACGAUUGACUUGAAUCUAGUUGGCGAGAAGACAAAGUCUCAUGAUCGGAUAAUCGGGGCCCACUUUUUCAGCCCAGCUCACGUGAUGCCACUUUUGGAAAUCGUACGGACAUCAAAAACAUCACCUCAAACAGUGGUCGACUUGCUGGAUGUCGGGAAAAAGAUACGAAAAACGCCAGUUGUGGUGGGGAAUUGCACAGGGUUUGCUGUUAACCGGAUGUUUUUCCCGUAUACUCAAGCAGCUCUUUUGCUAGUAGAACGUGGGGCUGACGUUUAUAAAAUCGAUCGAGCAAUAACAAAGUUCGGAAUGCCAAUGGGCCCGUUCAGGCUGUGUGAUCUUGUCGGUUUUGGUGUUGCAGUGGCAACCGGCUCACAGUUUGUUUUGAACUUUCCCGAAAGAACGUAUAAAUCGAUGCUUAUUCCACUCAUGCAAGAGGAUAAAAGAGCCGGUGAAACGACCCGCAAAGGUUUCUAUGUGUACGAUGAUAAACGCAAAGCGAGUCCGGAUCCCGAAAUAAAGAAAUACAUCGACAAAGCUAGGGAAAUUUCUGGCAUCUCAGUUGAUCCCAAGCUCGGGAAAUUAUCAGAUAAAGACAUAAUAGAAAUGGUGUUCUUUCCUGUCGUGAAUGAGGCGUGUAGAGUAUAUGCAGAGGGUAUCGCGGUAAAAGCAGCCGAUUUGGAUAUCGCUGGUGUUAUGGGAAUGGGAUUUCCACCUUACAGGGGAGGGAUUAUGUUCUGGGGAGAUUUGGUUGGAUCUAAGUACAUUCAUGAGAGGUUGAAUGAGUGGUCGAUGAUGUACGGAGGGUUCUUCAAGCCGUGUGACUAUUUGGCUCAGCGAGCUGCACUUGGGGCUCCUUUGAGUGCACCGUUGGAUCAAUCAAAAUCGCGGUUAUGAGGGGAGAUCGACAUCAUAUACUGGUGUCAUGUAUGUCGGAACUAAAUAACGUGGAGAGUGGAGACGUUGCUUUAAUAUUAUAGUAAUUAUUAUAGGUCGAAAACGAGGCGCAAUUAUGUUCACGUUUACGUUGUUACAACAAUAUACCAAUAUGUUCUUUUUUGAUUAUUUUUAUUAUGUCAACUGUCUUUAAGGUA